AUGUUAUUGGAGGCGCUGGCUGCGACGACAGUGGGCCCGACCAUGGGCGUGGGCGCGCAUGUAAUGCGCCGCGCGCUCGCCAGCGUCAGCAUGUUGACGGAGCUCGCCAGCGCGACGAGGGCAGCACACCUGUGGAGCGCGUACAGCACCGCUCAGGCAAGCAGUCAGCUUCAGGUCACCGUCGAGCCCCUGGGCGGCACGCACGAGGGCAUCAGCCUGCUCACCCUCGACCGCCCCGACGCCCGCAACGCCCUCGGCCGCCGCCUCGUCCGCGAGCUCCUAGAGGCUCUCGACACCCUCCGCCAGGAGCGCACCACGCGCUGCGUGCUGCUGCGCAGCCGCGUGCCCGGCUGCUUCUCCGCGGGCGCCGACCUCAAAGAGCGCGCGGCCAUGACGCACCAAGAGGCCGCGGAGUGCGUCGCGUCGCUGCGGCGGCUUAUGGGGGAGGUCGCGCGGCUGCCCAUGCCGACAAUCGCCGUGCUGGAGGGCUAUGCGCUGGGGGGCGGCGCCGAGCUGGCGCUCGCGUGCGACCUGCGCGUUGCGUCGCGCGGCGCGUCGCUCGCGUUUCCGGAGGCGCGGCUCGGGAUCAUCCCCGGCGCCGGCGGCACGCAGCGGCUGCCGCGGCUGGUGGGCGUGGCGGCGGCCAAAGAGCUCGUGUUCACGGCGCGGAGGGUGGGUGGCGAGGAGGCGGUGGCGCUGCGGCUGGUUGACCACUGUGUGGAGGAGGGGGGCGCGCUGGACCGGGCCCUGGAGAUCGCCACAGACAUCGCGCAGGCGGCGCCCCUUUCGCUGCGCAUGGCCAAGGCCGCCAUGGAUGGUGGCAGCGAGGUGGACCUGCACAGCGGCCUCGCGUUGGAGGAGGCGUGCUAUGCGCAGCUGCUCCCCACUCGCGACCGGCUAGAGGGCCUCAAGGCAUUCGCUGAGAAGCGGUCGCCACGCUACACAGGGGCCCCUGCUGUGACGCGUCUCUUCAGCGGAAGCACAUGCUGCAGCAGCAGCGUCUGGGCCAGAAGGACCACCUCGAUGACUAACGAGGUGGGGGGCGGUAGGGGCGCUGGAAGGUUGCUCGGCCGCCCCAGCGACGGCAGGACCAGCAACAGCAGCAUGUGGGGCGCAGCAAAGGCACCAGCCGCCGGCCGCUGCACCUUCAGCGUGUCCGCCAGUCUGCCAGCAGCCGGCGCCAGCUGGCCGCCGCGCCCGCCGCGAGACACCAUCUUUGCCCUCAGCUCCGGGGCCCCGCCGAGCGCCGUGGCCGUCGUCCGAAUUAGCGGGCCCUCGGCCGAUGCGGCGCUCGCGGCCCUGUGGCCUGACCUCGCAGCGGGGCGCGCGCGGCUGCCGCGGCCACGGGAGAUGCGCCUCGCAGAGCUGUUUGCUCCAGCGGCGGCCGCCAGCGGGGAUGACGAUUGCGGCGGCGCCGGCGGCACCGGCGGCACCGGCGGCAGCAGUGGCAGCGAAGGCGGCGACGGCGGCAGCAAAGGCGGCGGCGGCAGCGAAGGCGGCGGCGGCAGCGAAGGCGGCGGCGGCGCGGGGCGCGUGCCCCUGGACCGCGCCCUCGUCGUGCGGUUCCCCGGCCCCGCCAGCUUCACGGGCGAGGACACCGCGGAGCUGCACCUGCACGGCGGCGCCGCGACCGCCGCCGCGGCGCGCGCCGCGCUGCUCGCGCUGCCCGCGGGCCUGCGGGUGCGCGCGGCGGCGCCGGGGGAGUUCACGAGGCGGGCGUUCGAGGCCGGGAAGCUGGAUUUGACGGAGGUGGAGGGGCUGGCUGACAUCCUUGCGGCCCAGAGCGAGGCGCAGCGGCGGCUUGCGGCGGCGGCGGCGGGCGGCGCGGCGCGGCGGGCCGUGGCGGGCUGGCGUCAGACUCUUGCCAGGUGCGCAGCGCGCCUGGAGGCCGUCCUCGACUUUGGAGAAGACGCCCAGCUCGGCUCCUCCGAGGCGGCCGCCGCGAUCUCAGAUCUGCGCGAUCUCGCGCGCGACCUGGGGCGCCACGCGGCCGCGUUCGCGCGCGCCGACCUUGUCCGCGCCGGCCUGCGCGUUGUGAUCGCGGGGCGCCCAAAUGGCGGCAAGAGCAGCCUGCUGAAUUUGCUGGCCGGCCGCGAGGCCGCCAUAGUGAGUGCGACGCCAGGCACGACGCGGGACAUCGUGGAAGCCCCGCUGCUGCUGGCGGGCCACCAUGUGGCCGUGGCAGAUAGCGCCGGGCUGCGCCCCACGGAUUGCCCGAUCGAGGCUCAGGGCAUCAGCCGCGCGCUGCAAGAGGCAAAAGAGGCCAAUGUCCUGCUCUGGGUGUGCGACGCCGAGCAGCUCUUCAACUCCGCGACCGGGUCAACCCUGGCAGCGCCUGUGCCAGUCCCGACAAGGCCGCCGCCGCCGCCGCCGCCGCCGCUGCAGCAGCAGCAGCAGCAGCAGCAGCAGCAAGGCUCAGGCCUGCGCGCACUGCUCGGGGCGCUGGGGGGCGCCGUGGAAGGCGUCCUGUCCCAAGGCGCAGCGGUGGGUGCGCCUGCGGCGCCGCUGCUGACGCGGCUGAGGCACCGAGAGCUGGCAGAGCGGGCGGCCUCGCACCUGCGGCGCGCCGCCGAGCUCGGCGGCGACGGCGGCGGCGGCGGCGGCUUCGGAUCCGGCGGCGGCGGCAGCGACGUUGACUGUGACGCUGUCAACGGCAGGGGCGGCGGCGGCGGCGGCAGCGAGAACGCGUGUGUGCACGCGCUCGAGCUUGCAGCUGAGGAGGUGCGGCUCGCCGACGCUGCCCUGGCACAGCUGACAGGGGCGCCAGGGGCGCGCGACGUGGAGGGGCUCCUUGACCGCUUGUUCCGGGAGUUUUGCAUCGGGAAGUGA